AUGUCCUCAUCCCACGUCUACACCGUCCCCGGCGCCUACGGCCAGCCCAUCCCGUGGUACAUGCUCAGCCCGGACAACACCAUGCACCGGCCCUUCGGCGCCUUCUCGCGCGGACACGCCGUGGCCCCGCGGCCCUUUAUCUUCGGGGUCCCGCCCGAGGAGCUCGCGCGGCGCCGAGCCGACGCCGCCUUCGAGGAGCGCAUGGCGCAGCUAGCGCGGUCUCCGGGCCAGCCCGCGCCCGCGCCCCGCCGCCCGUUCCCCGAGCCGCAGAUGCCAGUUCUCGGGCGCGCGGUCCUGCGGGUCGGCGCCGCGCUGGGCCGCUGCGCGGCGCGGGUGCGCGCCUGGAGCGCCUGGGGCGCGCGCACCAGCGAGCAGGUGAAGCAGGACUACGCCCGCGUCAUGUUCGUCGCCGAGAGGAAGUAUUGGCUGGCGCUGACCGCGUACCGGAAGAGCCCGUGGCCGAACACCCUGCGCCAGCUGUGGUAUCUGCUGCUGAUGCUGCUGGGGCUUGUGCUCGUGGUGUGGGUUGGCUGGUUGAAGAUUCUCGCGGUGAUGGAGGAGCGAGGACGGAGAGAGGUUUAUCUACGCGGGAUCCCGGAGUACAGGGUGUGGUCUGUUACCCAGCCGCGAUGUACUGGCUAG